AUGCUUCGUUUCCCUAUAAUUUUUGCCGUCAUUCUCGGCACCGUUCUCGCGGGUCCCGCAGCGAAAAGUGUGCUUGAACAGGCCAAGCAGCUACAAUGUGCCACUUGUCAAUUCCUUGGAGCAUCGCAAGCAGCGAGAACUCCCGGAGCCACUCGUGCGGAGAAGGUUGCUCACUGCCAGAAGAAUGAUGGGUGUCAAGUGGAGAUGACCGAUUGUGAGAUAAUUACCGUAAUCCACUCGGAAAUCGAGAAGACGCCUGAAAAGUUCCAAAACUCCAUUGAAUUCGUGUCCCGGGCGGUGGGGAAAUGUUCCAUUGAUUCCAAUGCACCAGUUAUCAGUGAGGAUAACAUGAAUCCAGCUCAAUGCAUGUUGUGCUUCUUGGUGUAUGAUGUUUUGAAGUACAUCAAUUACAACAUCCUUGAAAAUCCAAUGCUGGGAAGUGUUGCGGAAGCCAUUGAUGAAGCUUGUGCCUUCCUAAAUCAGGAUCUGUGCCAGGCACUUUUCGAGCCUCACGCAUUUGAAGCAAUCAUCCGUGGCCUCCAAGACUCGCUUGGCGGAUUCUAUGACUUGAUUGCAGUGCAGGGAUUCGGAUGCGUAUCCUACACUGAUCUUUUUGGGGCUUGUCCGGGACAUUAA